CUUUUUUAAUUAUUUUACAAAUUAACAAUGGAGUUGUAUUUAAAAUGACAAACGCUGUUUGUGAAUCUAAGAAUAAAUCGUGGGUUACAUUCGAGUCCUGUCGACUUCACGCAUUGCAACGCAAUAAAACAAUUCUAAAUUUAUUUGCAACAUUUUUACAACCCACCAAUUCCAUUACUUUGCGACUACAAGUUCAAAAACGGGCUAAUGGAUUCAAGCCGUGGGUUAUUGACAUCAAUUUUGAUGUUUGCCAGUUUUUAAAGUCCAAAAAAAAUAAGGUAGCCAAGGUGGUUUAUGAUCUCUUCAAAGAUUUUUCAAAUAUUAACCAUUCGUGUCCCUUUAUGGGCAAACAAGUUAUAUCGGGCUUUUAUCCGACGGUCGAUAAACUACCGCAUGUGAUGCCAACUGGCGACUAUGUGCUGCUAAUGACCUGGAAAUUCUAUGAAAAAAUUCAAUUCGUUACAAAUGUUUACUUUACAUUUAUAGAGGAUUUUUAA